UAAAAAAAAUGCAUUCAAUUGAAACAUUGCAAUAACAUGCUUAUAGUGAUUUUGAAUUUAGUGUAAAAUUUAUCAAACUAAUUCACGUAAAAUGCUUGAUUCAAAGGAGGAAUGUUUAGACGAAACUGCGUUAUCAUCUGCUGACAGAGACGGUGAUAAACAGCCCGACAAAACUUUACAACAUCAAAAGAGUGUUCACGCGAAUUACUUGAUUUAUGGAGUAAAGGAUUCGCCACCUAUACAUAUUACAAUAGUCUGUGCAUUACAGCAAGGCCUCCUGUCUUUAUCGACGCAGCUUAUUGUGUCCCUGUUGGUAGCUGAGGCGGUAUGCGCGUCCGGCAAUGAUAUUUUCAAAGCGAGGCUCCUCAGCUCUACGCUCUUUAUGAGCGGCGUAACAACCCUAGCUAUGAACACCAUUGGUAUUAGGUUGCCACUUUUUCAAGGAGCGAUGUCAGAGUAUGUGGUACCAUUGUUACUGGUUGGAAGUGUGGAGGGAACCUUUUGUUCUACAUUGGCUCCAGGUAAAAAUGUCCAUAUGUAUGUCAUAAUUUUAGACAUUGUACGCUUUGAUAAAAAUUAA